GCCGGCGAAGCGCCGCACGGCUCGGCGUCCCCGCCCGGAGCUCGCGGGCUGCCUGUCUGGGCAGAGAGCUGCCCUGUGGGGAUGUCUCGGGCGCGGUUCCCGCUUCUGCGCGCGUGGCUUGGCCCUUGCUGUCAUCUUGCUCUGAGUAUUCAUAGGACAUCUGUGACUGAUGUUUUUGAUGUAAUUCCACUUACUGAGGUUAUGGGAGAGAAGGAGCCAUGUCAGAGGAGGCUGUUACCGAGGCACGCUUUUCUCUGAAGACAGUGGCUCUCCGGGCGUUUCACCUUCCUGUGUCUUGGUAUCACUCUCUCACACAGAUAAAACUUUCACCUGGUUUAAAGAAGCUAUUCACAGUCACAGCAGUGAGUGCAAUAUCUGUCAUUUUUCUGGCCCAUCAUUUCAAAAGAAAACGUGGAAGGAAAAACAAGCAAGUGUCCCAAUGGGAGCCAGGUCAUCUACUAUUAGAAUGUACCAAAGCAGCUGCAUCAGAAAAAGGUUCAAGUUGUUCCAGUAGCCGACAAAACUUGACUCUUUCUCUGAGCUCUGCCAAGGAAAAAGGAUCACAGUCAUGUAUCUAUGCAAAUGGAGGGCUUUUCAGUAAAUACUCUGGUUCAGUUCAGAGUCUGGUCUCAGUUCAGAGUGCCACCUCUUGUCACAGUUGUGCUUGUGCCAAUUCUAAUUCCUGGGAUAAAGCAGAUGAAGAGGAUAUUAAGCUUGUUAAUAUUCCAGUGACUACACCUGAAAACUUAUAUUUGAUGGGUAUGGAGCUCUUUGAAGAAGCGCUGCGUCGAUGGGAGCAGGCAUUAACUUUCCGUAACAGGCAAGUGGAAGAUGAAGCAAGCUGUAGUUCCAUCAAGCUGGGAGCAGGAGAUGCAAUUGCAGAAGAAAGUGUAGAAGAUAUUAUCAGUGCUGAAUUCAUCCAUAAGCUUGAAUCCCUGCUUCAAAGAGCUUAUCGUCUCCAGGAGGAGUUUGAGGCCACCCUUGGGACCUCUGAUCCUGCUUCUCUGGCUAAUGAUAUUGGUGAGUACUACUAUUUUGUUUUUAUGGCUUGUAUUAAUGCCUCUUGUGAAGGGAACUCAUGGAAAUAUCCACUGAGUAGAGCUAUAUUUUAUCAGUAAAUAAACAGAAUAAAU